AUGACGGAGGAAGACGAAAGUUUAUUCAUCCAAAAGAUAUACCUCCUGGUCUUAGAAAUCUUCUGCUUCGUGGCCAUGGCCCUCAAUCUGGUGGUGCUGGUGAGCGUCUUCUGGAUUCGCACACCCAUGACGCCCAUCCUGAAAAUGAGCCUCAGCUUGGCAGCUGCCGACGCUUGUGCCUCGAUGCUUUACGGCUCCGUUCUAUUCAUAAACUACAACAUGUACUUAGAAAUAAUAAAACUGAUGGGUAUCGUCAUAACAGUGGCCCAUUUAUUGGCGUUGAGCUUAAACCAUUAUCUUGGCAUCCUGAAACCGCUACAUUACAACUCGAUCGUAACCAAACGGAAGCUGGCUAUUGUUAUAAUAUUGUUAUGGAUAUGUCCGGUACUUCUAGUAGGUUUCAUUUGUGUGGUGGAAUCCAUUAACUACGAAUUCGAUUCCAUAGAUAAUGUCCACAUAAACGACACGAACGAAACUUUCAUUAUAAAAAUGAACGACAAUGAAACAAUUGCGUCCAAUUUGACCCCGUUGAAUUUUAUGGACACGUUUAGUUUUAGAAUAAGCUAUUCGUCGUUGUUUUUCAUUCCGAUGUUUCUUAUGGCCUUUUGCUACACGCACAUACUUUUCAUCGUGCGACGUCAGCAGAAAACUUGGAAAAACCUGUCCAGGAUUGGGAGUACUAAGUGGAGAGGACGUACUGUGAAUAACUGUUCCACGAGUAAAGUCCUCCGGGAGCAAAGACAACUGGAGGGCAAUCUAAGGGCAAUAUUCACCACCCUGUUGAUAAUGGGGUCUUGCUUCGUUGGUUGGAUGCCCGCCUUGUUUCUUUACAGUUUGAUGUGCAGGAAGGGGUGUUACUGGAGCGGUGACCAACUUGAUAACUUGAACGAAAAUUACGCCAAUGUUGUUAUGACCUUCAGGCUGCUUGACAACCUGUUGGUUAUAUUGAAGAUGAUGGUCAACGUAAUAAUCUACAGCAUAAGAAUGAAAGAGAUCAAGGACAGUUUAGGGAAGAUGCGACUGGCAGUUGUAAAUAUCUGUGGAUUGUCUAACGACAAUGGUGCAAAUUACCAUCUGACAUAUCAACAAUCUCCUCCCCAGAACAGUGGUACAUCGGUGCAAAUACGGAUAACAUCAUUCCGUGGCAACAAUGGGGCGUGCAGUCAAAGUGCCCCCAAUAUUGAACACAACACAUUUUUGUAAAUAAAUUAUGAGGAAUUAAUUUUCAACAACGAUUUACUAAUUACAGAGGGAAACAUUACACUUCAAACAUUAAAUGUUAUACUAUAAUUCCAGUUGCACACAAUUUUAUUAAUGUAUGUAGAUGUAAAUAUUUGUACCUACAAUUUUAUAUCUAAUUAUAAUUCGAAGUAUUUAUUUUUCCAAAGAUCCUAUUUUUGUAAAUAAGUGUAAAUUUUGUGAUUUAUUGAAACCUACAAACUUUUAGCCUUUAAUUAAUUGUGUGUGUUGUAUUCCUGGACAUAUUCCCCUUUUUGUCCAACAAUAAAUUGAAAGUAUAUUUAGUUAUGAAUGGAUUAUGAAUGCUUGUACGUGUUUUGAAAGUUCAACGGAUGAAUACUCCUCAAAGUUCACUUAAGACUGAUUUAUAUUAUUAGAAUUUAAUAUUUAGUAGCAAAGUUACAAAUGUUGUAGGGUGAAUUUCAAACUACAACAACGUGACUUACAAAUCUUGAAUUUUAUUUAUUGUUAGGCUAAAAAUUUGUAAAACUAUUGACUAUAACUUGUUUUUAUAUUAGAUAUUAAAUAAUUUAUUAAGAGCU